AUGCAGUACGUCAGAAGCAUCAGUGGCUCUGUCUCGAAGACAUGGAAUUCAAUCAACCCGGCCACUCUUAGCGGAGCUAUUGAUGUGAUUGUUAUUGAACAAGAAGAUGGCACGCUGGCGUGCUCUCCCUUCCAUGUUCGCUUCGGCAAAUUUUCCCUCCUCCGGCCCUACGAAAAGAAGGUGGAAUUUUGCGUAAACGGUGUCAAGCAGAACUACGCUAUGAAGCUCGGGGAAGGGGGUGAAGCUUUCUUUGUAUUCGAAACCGCAAGCAAGGUUCCUGAAUCUUUGCAAACGUCGCCUGUUGUAUCACCAGCCGCUAGCCCUAGACACUUUGCCAACGAGUCCGAUAUUCCCGUCGCCUCUCUCCAGGAGCCCGAGUUCUUGGACCUUUCUUCGAGUAGGCCGAACAGUCCCUCGAAAAGUGCCACUGAGCCUACUGUGCCAAUAUUAAGGGAGAAAAUAAACUCCGAUAUCCUAGCUACGACCUCACAAUCGCUUGACGACAACCAGCGGUGGCUGGACCGGUCCUCCACCCCGGCUUCCGAUAUAUUAUCUCUGCCACAUCAAACGCGCUUGAGGGCUGGAACUACUGCUGACCUUGAUGCCGCUCGCCUUUCACCGCCUACUUCAGCUUUUAAUCCCGAGAAGAAUUCGCCGAGUUCGCAACGGUCCCAAAGCCCCCCACCUGUCUCAGCUCAAGAAGCAUAUUCCCGUGCAGUAUCGCUCUCAAAGAAACUUGAGGUUUCGAAUAUCCCGUCAAAAGUGACUGAAACCGGGGACUUAAUGCUUGAUAUGACAGGUUAUAAGAGUAGCGAUGAGGACGCCUUACGGGCAGAGCUAAUUGCUCGAAAGCUUUUGGCAGAGGAAUUGGAGGGACACUAUGAUAUUGGUGCACUAAUAGGCGCUGACGAGCAUGGCAAUCUCUGGAUAUAUAGUAGCGAAGAAGCUAAGGAGGCUGCUACUCGUCGGGCGACAUUCAACGAUCUUCCAAACACUCACCCAUUGACUGGUGAGACCAUAUCGGAGCCCGGCUAUCACAGUGAUAAUGAGCAAACGAUGGGCAUGCAUAACCAACGGCAUCAUCGUUCUCAAUCCGAUAUACAGGGUGCUUAUCCCACCCCACCACAAACGCCCACAGGUGAUUCUGUAACUGAUGAUCAGACGAGAAACUAUGCCAAAACUCUCCGAUUAACAAGCGAUCAGCUCAAAGCUCUGGAUCUCAAACCUGGCGCCAACCCUAUGAGUUUUACGGUAAAUCGCGCGACGUGUCCGGCUACAAUGUAUUUAUGGAACUAUAAGACACCCAUUGUGAUCUCCGAUAUAGACGGGACCAUUACAAAGUCAGAUGCCUUAGGACACGUCCUGAACAUGAUCGGCCGCGAUUGGACCCAUAUUGGGGUCGCAAAACUUUAUACGGAUAUCGUAAAUAAUGGGUAUAACAUCAUGUAUUUGACAAGCCGUUCAACUGGUCAGGCCGACACUACACGAGCGUAUCUCAGUGGGAUCGUGCAAGAAGGUUAUAAGGUUCCCAAAGGGCCAGUUAUCAUGAGCCCUGACCGUACAAUUGCUGCCCUACGCCGUGAGAUCUAUUUGCGAAAGCCAGAAGUUUUCAAAAUGGCCUGUCUUCGCGACAUUUUAAACCUGUUUAAGGGUCGAAAGAACCCUUUCUAUGCCGGAUUUGGCAACCGCCUCACAGACGCCUUGAGUUAUCGGUCGGUUAACAUUCCCUCUACCAGAAUAUUUACCAUCAAUUCCAAUGCAGAGGUCAAUAUAGACCUUCUCAGCCUGAACAAAUACAGGAGUAGUUACGUCUCCAUGAGGGAAUUGGUCGAUCACUUUUUUCCGCCGGUAAGCUUGCUAGUACAAGAGGGUGGCGAAGAUUUCACCGAUUUUCGAUACUGGAGAGAUAGCCCUGGGGACUUGGAAGAUUUUUCGGUUACGGACAGCGACGAAGAUAACGAACCAGAAGAUGACAACCUGCCUAGCGAGGACGGGGGCAGCGAUCAAUAUGAUGACGAAGACGAUGUGCAUGAAAUGGGCGAGAGUUAUAUUUCUCGCGGGUCUAUCGCAUCCGGUGAUCCGGCGGAGUCGAUGCUGGGAUACGAAUCUGAGGAUGAAGGUGACGUUAAAAACAGAAAUAUUCCAAUCCAGAAUUUGAGCCUUUAUGAGAGGCGUCAGUGA